AUGAACAUCGACGACUACGAAUCGUUGCCCACCACCAGUGUGGGUGUCAAUAUGACGGCGGGCGCAAUUGCGGGCGUGCUGGAGCAUGUGGUCAUGUAUCCGCUGGACUCCGUCAAGACGCGAAUGCAGAGUCUUUCACCGCCCACACAAAACAUGAACAUAGUGUCAACCCUUCGGAACAUGAUCACGCGUGAGGGCCUGUUGAGACCCAUUCGGGGAGCCAGCGCCGUGGUGCUGGGUGCUGGACCAGCGCACUCGCUAUACUUUGCCGCCUACGAGAUGACCAAGGAGCUCACGGCCAAGUUCACAUCGGUGAGAAACCUCAACUACGUGAUUUCGGGAGCGGUGGCCACCCUCAUACACGACGCCAUUUCUAGUCCCACGGAUGUGAUCAAGCAGCGGAUGCAGAUGUACAACUCGCCCUACACAUCGGUGGUAUCUUGCGUGCGGGAUAUCUACAAGAGGGAGGGCUUCAAGGCCUUCUACCGGGCAUACGGCACGCAGCUGGUCAUGAACCUACCAUAUCAGACAAUACAUUUUACCACAUACGAGUUUUUCCAGAACAAAUUGAAUCUGGAACGGAAAUACAAUCCACCUGUGCACAUGGCAGCGGGUGCAGCAGCCGGUGCGUGUGCGGCGGCUGUAACCACGCCCCUGGACGUGAUCAAGACGCUACUGAAUACUCAGGAGACUGGACUGACGCGCGGCAUGAUCGAGGCCAGUCGAAAGAUCUACCACAUGGCCGGUCCAUUGGGCUUCUUUAGGGGCACGACUGCCCGCGUUCUGUACUCCAUGCCCGCCACGGCCAUCUGCUGGUCGACGUACGAGUUCUUCAAGUUCUACCUGUGCGGCCUGGACGCUGAUCAGUACAAAUCGUCAAUUACGGGCAGCUCGGAGCCCCGCAAAGCGGACUACGUGCUGCCAAGGACUACGGAUGAGGAGCAGAUCGAUCAGGAGCGCGAGGCGGCGAAGGAGAAGGACACCACGGCCACCCUGCACUCUGCUCCGACCUCGGUCAAUGCCUCCGGUGCCAUCAAGACGGUGUGCGAGCUGUCGACGCGGCCCGCCGGGCCAACAAUCAAUCUGCACACGCGGCACACGGACGUGAAGAGUCCCUACGAGAGGGGCUUCAGCACGUAGGCGUCGCCGGUGGGCGUGGCCGCGAGCGGGGCCCGCGUUCGAAACGUUUGCAGCAGCAGCGACAGCUAAACCUAAGCGUAGCUAUUAGUUGGCGGUAGGGAAUGGGAUGAUGGCUGGAGUGGAUCCAGGGCAGCGGCCACAUGGGCAGGCGGGGGCGACACGGUGUUCGAAACGCCUGCCGUUCCGCCAAACCACCGCCUGGUCACUGCUCCACUACCGGCCCGCCCGGACCCAGCUGCUUGUAUGAAUACUCUGCGAGGAGUCGGUGAGAGUGUUUUAUCACUCCAUAGUCGGAGGUUAAAUCGUAGUUGUUGUUCUGCACAAAACUCUCGCUCUCACACACAACACGCAAACACACACACCCCACACCUACACCUACACCUACACACACUAUGACAGUUUUAGGCAAAGUGCGAAAUUCUUGUUAAAAGUAUAUGCUAAUGAUGAUACUGUAUCUAUGUUACUUCGAAAUGAGAGAACCUUCUUGUAAAAUACUAUUACCUAUGUAUUACAAUCUUUGAUUUACAACAUUUAUAUAUACAUUUUUUUUAAACAAUUUUCAAAUGAUAUACGCAUAUACACACAUAUAUUUAUGUUGAUCGUUGUAAAGUAAUCAAGAGCAAAAAUGUAAAGCACACGCGCGCGCGGAUGAAGGAAAUUCAAUAAUUUGUAAUCAAAUUACACCCGAAAUCUUCAAACUGAGAUGUUACAAAAUAUAAGGAACAGCAGCAGAUACAGCAGAUACAGCUCCCAGAGAACUACGUCUCCCCAUAAUCUACACCCGGUACUAUAACUAGCCAGCCCCAUGUAGAGCCGUAGCCUAGCUAUGUCCAUUGUCCUUGCUCCACGCACUCGACUGUUUCGAUCCAUCAUCACACAUUAUCCUCGUCUCAGUGCUAGGGUUCCACAUCCUUGAGUAGCAGACGCAGUUGAGUGCCGGGGAUCGAGGCUAGUGGAUCGCCCAGAAUAUACAAUAAUGCAUCAUAUUACGUACACUGUUAUUUUUGUUUAUAUAUAUGCAUAAUAUAUAUGGAUAUGCUGCACCGGCGAUUAUUAAACUUUAAGGUGUAGCGCUAAAUUACAAUUUUAUUGUUAAAGAAUUCAAACGAAAAAACAAGCGGAAGCAAAACCAUUGGCAAGCGAAACGGCCCAUUAAACGGAUGAAAGAAA